CUAUCCUUGGAUUUCACUGUUUUGAACUAAUACACUAUCAUACAUAACUGAACUAUUUUGUGUGAACAUUUGACUCUGAUGUACUUUAUCACCAUUGUUUGGGGCAGGAUACUGAAAGCUGGUCUGAGCGGAAGUGUCAUUCAGAACCAGGAACUCCCGCUGGUCAUCAGCACAGUGUGCAAAAGCUUCGCAGGCUAUCUCUACGCAUGGAAUUUCGUCAAGGAAAACUGGGAAAAGAUCACUCAAAGGUUCCCCAUUGGGUCUUUUGCCAUUCAAAACAUUAUUGUGUCAACAACCUCCCAAUUUUCUACCAAGCUUCAACUUCAAGAGCUUCAGAACUUCUUCAGCUCGCUCAAAGACAAGGGCUCACAGAUGAGAAGUGUGGAGGAGGCGGCCGAGACAAUCAAGUUGAACAUCCAGUGGAUGGACAAAAACUUGGACACACUCCGAAACUGGCUGUAGAGCCUUGGCGGCCCUGCCACUCCACUCCACUCCCUUCCCGUUUGCACCUCCCUCCACUCCUCUAAACCCCAAGAUGGCGUUGCCGGGCAACCCCCUCCACCACGGCAACGCUGUCGUUUGCACUAGUACGAGUUCCAGCUUGCUCAGGGCUAUCUGUUUUGAUUGUACGUCUGAGACACAUACACAAAAAUCUUGCAAUUUUGAGCAAAAGUGUUUCUGUCAGUGUUCUCUUAUCUGUCUACUUACCAAACUAGCGUCUUUGAGUGAAAAAUAUGCCUUUUGGGAGCAACCGGACGGAAAAGCCACACAACUGAAGUUAAAUUGCUAAUCUAACUGUGGGUACUACUGCCAAUGCUGGUCAGGAGUGUCCUCUUAAGUGUUUUCCGCAAGUGAGUGUUUUCUGAACCACUCCAUGUCGCUGAUGUCUCCAGGCCUCACUGCCUUUCCGACUCGGGCUUGCCGUAUGCAAAAGACUUUAACUUUGAGUUAUGAGUAACUCUUCUGCCACUGUAACAAUGUAUAUACUUUUUGCCUUAGUGUGUUUUCCCUCUGUUACAUGCUAUGUAUUUUCAAAGCUUUUUGCCCAUGUUUGCAUUACGGUGAAAAUUUUAGUUUUUCUCUCUCUGGUAUAUAUGGCUUUUGAAGCCGUGUGCGCAAUGGCACCCAGUUGGCAAGGGCCAUCCUCACAGAGUGCUUUGAGUUUUGUCAUGGGACACAAGAAUGGUAAAACAGCAACCGAGAACGCAGUUUCUUCUUAUUUUGAUAUUAGCUGACAUGGCAGAUUACAAGAAAUAUCUUUUUUCAACAGCGUAGUCUUGAGAGUAUUCAGCCCACUGGUUCUUGUAGUCCUGAGUUAUUCAUUUCCAAAUUUAAGAUAUGCCAGCGCAAUACAUUUGGUUUGGGUAACGUGCUAACUAAACUGCCAGCCUGUUCUUUCCAAUGUGAAUCAGGGAUGGACUUUCAAAGGAGAUGGGCUCAGAGAUACACCUACGGUAUAUUUUCUUUCAGAUUAAUUCACUUGGCUUUACAUUCAAUAUAUAACCAAAUUCAUAGGGAUCCAUGUUGUUCUGUAAACUGUAGUCCAUACAUUAAUUUAAUUGUUAAUGACUUUGAUCAUAAAAUUGUGAAUUUGGCUCUGUUGUGCCAGUCAGCAUUCACAUAAAUGUGAUGGUCUAUGGCAAUAAUGCCAUAAAAACACUGCUCAUUAUACAAUCGCAUAUGUGCAAUUUAGCGGUAUUGUGAACAAUUUAAUGAAAAGCUUAGCCAGAGUUAUUUUAUAUAAAAAGUUGAAAGUUACUUUUGAAGUUUUAGUCCAUAUGUGCACAUUAUGAAUAUGAAGAACCCGUAAUGCUUUCUAUUAAGGUUUGGACUAUGUCUGCAUUUCCAGUUAAAGGAACUUUUUUUUUUUCUUAAGAAUAAGUCAAUCCCUUUUUGUUUUUUAUAUGCUAUACACUUUACAGACUUAUGUCAAACAGUACUUGAAGAACCAGGAGUUCAGAAGGUGUUCUGUGUUGAUUGUAUGUGUGGUCCGUUGUCAUCUGAGGGGCAUGGUGGGCCUUUGAUGUUCUCACUUAAGACCAGUGCUGGAGAGAGGGAGCUGAAGAUGGCAGUGUAGACAGAGCUGUGCUGAGCUGGGAUUCUCACCUGACUGAGGAAUCAUGCUGGUCUCCACAGGGAGAGGACUGUUACACUAUCCUGAAAUAGGGUGGGGAGAACAUCAUCGUUUGGGAGAUUUCUGAGACUGUGUGAUGACGUUCACAGAUAUCAUGUGUGGGAUUUUUUUUUUCUCAUGGGAUGUAAAUCAGGUGGGUUGUAGUGCCACCAAUGAACCGAGUAGGUCUUGACUGCCCCCUUGCACCAGAGUGAAAUUAUUCUUGUUUUCUAAUUGUACAUACAGCAACAUAUGUUUUCAUACAGCAGUGAAAUUUAAAAUUGUAUUUAAAGAAAAUCAUUUAUGUAUUUUGAGAGAUUCCAGUUAUUUAUCGGCAGCAAGCUUGAUCUGUUGCCAUUUAUUGGGAUGUCUGUUCAUUUAGUCAUAAAUGGGGCACUUGGAAGGUUACAGUUUUUAUGUAAAUUAAUGUCUAGAACAUGUCUACAUUUAGAGGGUUGGGAUUCCAUGAUUAAACGAUCUUGUCUGAAAGUGAAUUUGAACAAAAUUAAGGCUAAAGAAUAUUGUUUUUUUUUUUAAAAACGUCCUACCACAAACAAAUUGUACCAUUAUUUCCGUAAGUUUGAAUUGGGCCAUUCUUUUGAGAUGUUCUUUUAAAGUAAAGUCAAACCUGUGCCGUCUCCAUUAUGCUAUAAGAAAUAAUUAAAGACAUUUUCUAAA